UCUCUUUUUCUCUUUUUUCAAUAUGCCUUCUGAUAAAUUCAACACUGCUGCUGAAGAAGUUCAAAAGCUCGCUACUAAGCCUUCUAAUGAUGAACUCUUGAAGCUUUAUGCUUUGUUCAAGCAAGCUACUGUGGGUGACAACACUACCUCCAAGCCUACUUUUGAUAUCAAGGGUCGUUACAAGUGGGAUGCUUGGACUGAAGUGAAGGGUCUUUCUCAAGAAGAAGCUGAGCAAAAGUACAUUGCUCUUGUUGAAGAACUCAAGGCCAAGCAAUAAUUCUUUUUUAUUUAUUUAUUUGUCAUAAUAAAUACACCUUUUGUUUGAUCCAAUCAAA